GGGCCGCGCUAGUCUGUGCGUGGCCGGCUGCGGGUGAGGACGAGCUCCGCCAUCAUGGCUUCCUCCGCCACACACCCGGCCCCCCCCGCCACCGCCGCCGUUGCUGCCGCCGCCGCCCCCUCCGUCUCCUCCUCCUCCUCCUCCGCUACUGUCGCCGCCCCGCCGGCUCCCGCCGCCCCGGGUAUCCUUAUCGGUGACCGGCUGUACUCGGAGGUAUCGCUCACCAUCGACCACUCGCUCAUCCCCGAGGAGCGCCUCUCGCCUACUCCCUCCAUGCAGGACGGCCUGGACCUGCAGUGCGAGACCGACCUGCGCAUCCUGGGCUGCGAGCUCAUCCAGGCGGCCGGCAUCCUCCUCCGACUGCCGCAGGUGGCGAUGGCGACGGGGCAGGUGCUGUUCCAUCGGUUCUUCUAUUCGAAGUCGUUCGUCAAGCACAGCUUCGAGAUUGUUGCUAUGGCCUGCAUCAAUCUCGCAUCCAAAAUCGAAGAGGCACCUCGUCGUAUAAGGGACGUGAUCAACGUGUUUCAUCAUUUGCGUCAGUUAAGAGCAAAAAGGACUCCAAGCCCCCUGAUACUUGAUCAGAACUACAUAAACACCAAAAAUCAAGUAAUCAAAGCAGAAAGGAGGGUACUGAAGGAGUUGGGAUUUUGUGUUCAUGUCAAGCAUCCACAUAAGAUCAUUGUUAUGUAUUUACAAGUCUUAGAAUGUGAACGUAAUCAAACCCUGGUACAGACAGCCUGGAAUUACAUGAAUGACAGCCUUCGAACAAAUGUGUUUGUUCGCUUUCAGCCAGAGACUAUAGCAUGUGCUUGCAUUUAUCUUGCUGCUAGAGCUCUGCAGAUUCCACUACCUACCCGCCCUCACUGGUUCUUGCUCUUUGGCACCACAGAAGAGGAGAUUCAGGAGAUAUGCUUAACAACUCUUAAGCUCUAUACCAGAAAGAAGCCCAAUUAUGAAUUCCUGGAUAAAGAAGUAGAAAAGAGGAAAAUGGCACUACAGGAAGCUAAACUGAAGGCAAAAGGUUUAAAUCCGGAUGGAACUCCAGCACUCUCAACACUGGGUGGCUUUUCUCCUGCAUCCAAACCAUCUUCCCCAAGAGAAGUAAAAACUGAAGAGAAGACACCAGUAUCUCUGAAUACCAAAACCAUUAAAAAAGAGCCAGAAGAGAGGCAGCAAGCUUCAAAGAGUCCUUAUAAUGGCAUGAGAAAAGAAAGCAAGAGAAGUAGAAGCAGCAGAAGUGCUAGUCGAUCUAGGUCAAGAACAAAGUCAAGGUCUCGAUCUCACACUCCUAGGCGGCACUACAAUAAUAGGCGGAGCCUGUCUGGGACAUACAGCUCGAGAUCGAGAAGCAGGUCCCGCAGCCACAGUGGCAGCCCUCGCCGACACCACAACCAUGGCUCGCCACACCUGAAGACCAAGCAUAGUAGGGAAGAGCUGAAGAGUGCCAAUAGGCACGGUCAUAAAAGGAAAAAGUCUCGUUCACGUUCCCAGAGCAAAUCCAGGGAUCACUCUGAUGCUGCCAAGAAGCACAGGCAUGAGCGGGGACACCACAGAGACAGGCGCGAGAGAUCCCGCUCCUUCGAGAGAUCUCACAAGGGCAAACACCACGGUAGCGGCCGGUCAGGACACAGCAGGCACAGACGCUGAGAUGAAGACUCGGAAAGCUUUAGAAGUUGGUGUCCUUCCUAGGGGAGGCAGCUGGGAAGCCAGGUCCACUGCUGACAUGCGUGCAGCAGUUGGAUAAAUGAGCAGGAACUUCUCUGAAGUGGAGUGGGAUGGGCAGCUGGUGGGGGAAGCUGUGGAAGAGCUGCUCUUCGCAAGCCAGGACUGGGCUACUGGUGUCCCAGCUUCCCUGUCAGCUGCCCCUCAGCAGGUGGAGACUUCUUCCCUGCCCAUCUGUUGCACCUGCCAUGCCCCUUGCUCCAGAGCUGAAGAGCAGAAGUUAACUUCCUUGUAAAGCUGGAACAUCUGGUGAUGCUGAACGUCUAGACACCAUCUGCUGCAGAUUGCUUAUGCAGUGAGCUUGCAGUCAGCUAGCAAGAAGUUCAGCGUUUGUUCUUCCAUGGGAAAAAAAAAUGUCUUCAGCCAGCUUUAUGGAUGGUGGCCUUAACCAUGCAAGGUCUUUGCCAAAGACAGGCCAUAAAAUUAAUGGUUUUGGUUACUGAAACAAAAGCAGCAGUUCCUUCUUGAAGCCCAAGGAUGUCAUGUCAGCGCUGGAAAGCAGAAAAGAUGUGCUGGGGCUCUGAGCAGCAAGAAGCACGCAGCGGGGAGCGAGUUGUUUGUUUCACUGGCUGGGUCCCCUCAGGCGGUGCUGCAUGUUCACGGAGAGCAGGUGGAGCAGCCUGAAAGCAGCAUAAGGGUCCCGAAUGGCUGUAAUCCUGUCAAUGUCCCUUGACUUGUCAGAAAGAAAGCUUCUGGUCACUAGUGGGAACCCUUCGUCAGCUGAAACUUAUUUCUGAAGGAUGUGGUGGCUUUGGUGACCCACCAUUGACAUCAGAAUGUAGAAGUGCCCAAGGGAGCAGUGCCUCGCUGCAGCUCCUGCCCAAAGCCCACAGCUCUGCCUUCGCCAUAGACCCAGGCAGCCACGCCGGGCAGUGGAAGUAACAGACAGACUUAUUUGAGAAGCGAGGUGGAGUUUUGAGCACCCUAUGCAGACCUUUUGUUUCUGACUGAGCUCAUUGUCAUCUGUACGGGUUUUCUUCUGCACAGCGGUAUGUGACACCGUGUUUAAACAUUUACCCUUCAGAGUGGAAAUGGUUUUAUGGUAAAAACAGACUCUGUAAUGCCCCACUGCAAUGGUAUUUCUAACUGAAACCCCAUGUGCUGGUGGGAUGGCAAUGGCUUUCCGGGCUUGGGCUGUACUGCAGUACAGCACCCGUUUCCCUCUGCCCCAUCCCUUUAUGCCUGAUUUAUUGUGCUUGUUCUCUCACCAGUACUGAUGGAAGUACCAGGAAGCCAAGGAAACCAGUGAUGGAGCAUGCAGAUGAAGCACAACAAGAGAUAUUUUGGUCCUUCCUCUCUGUCUUUCCAGUAUUUUCAGCAAUGGCUGUCUCUGGAGCACAGCUUCUGCUCCUGCUGCCAUCACAGCAGGCAGGAAGGUUGCUCGGGCUGCACCAUCGAACCCAGAUGGCCACAGGCAAAUGUUUGCUUAACACCGACAGAGCAGAUGCCAUCCUGGCAAAGUGGCAGAUGGCAGCCGGGGCAAAGCAGGAACAGGAGCUAUGCAUCACCUUGAGCCAUAGCCCAGUGGCUUGGACACAUCUGAAAAAAAAUGGCUCUAACAGUAAGUGGCUGUGAAAGCCUCGAGCUGCCCAGUCUCAUCUGCAACCCCAAGUGAAAGAGACCAUGGGAGGUCUGUUGGUAAAUAAAUGGGGGUGUUAAGAGGACCUUGGCAGGUAGGAGCUCAGGGAUGGUGGUGACAUCCGCCAGUGUCUGGGACCAAGCAUGGCACCCACAGCGCCUGCCCCACCGCAUUGUGCUGCAAUGGGGACUGUUUCCUGGGAAAUAUGCAGUAUUCCUGCAUCGCCUGCUGCUUUGUUACAGAUGUUGGAAGGAUGUACGUGGACCAAAAGCUCUGGAUGGUUUGGGAAGAAAAAUAAUAGUGAACAAUCUAAGACUAUUCUCAAUGGAAAUUGGCCCAACAAGUAAGUACUCAUCAGGGCUUUAGCCGCCCCCAAAAACCACAGGUUAGUGGCAGCGGGUGCAGCAGAGCGUGCCAUGUGCACAGCUGUUAAUGACAGUGAUAAGGGUCCCUUUUCCGGGAAAUCUCUCCCCGGUCACUGCCCCUGCCAGGAAAUGUAUGUGAAAUCCAUCAUUUGACAUCAGCCCCAUCCACGAGCUGCCAAGUCCGUGGCUCUCCCGUCUGUGCUCCUUGUUGCUCUGCCCUCUCCAAAGCACAAGCUUUGUUGCUUGCAAGCUCUUUGGGGCAGGAAACGAACCUGCUACGGCCACCCUGUGCCCUGCGCUCCCCUCUCUGCUGCGGGGCCGAUGUGCACCCCCACAGCACUCGGGUGUUGUUGCAGCGGAGCACUGGCAAUUACACCCCAGUUAGGAAAAAACACUUCUGUAAAGGAAACAGCUUUCCAGUCCCAUGUCCUGCCUGGCCACAGCCCAGCGGGGCAUUUUGAAAAAAAAAAAAAAAAAAGUUAAA